GGCCUAAGUUUUCCUGGAACUAAAGAUCAGACUUUCUAAGAGGGAGGAGAGCCAAAUGACACGGUGAUUGCAACCCAGUCUGUUAAGAUUUCAGCAGGAGCCCGAGAGUUCCAGCAACCUCUCCCGGAAACGUACCGGGUCUCUGCCCAGGAACAAAGGACUUCCCAGGUCACAGAAGAAAAAACAGCUUAACGUACAUUAGCUUGUAGCUAGAGAAUACUGACUUAAAAUAGAACAAAACCAAACCGAAAAAACCCUGAUCCUAUCCUUCAAUGGAGGGUUCUGGAGUGUUAACACAACUCUUCCACAGGCAGGUGGGCGGAUGCUGCCUGGCUGCCUGCUGCCCUUCACCCCCCCGGCAGUUUUCAGCAGGGUCCCUAGGACCACGAUUUCUAAGUCAACCUGAUGUGGAAAAGUUUGGGUUUACUGAGGCAAAAGGACUUCUUGGGUACGAACACCAGGCAGAACUGGGGUUCAGUCUGACAGAUACCACUUAGUGCUAACCUGCCACAGAGUGAAAAGGAGCUGAAGAAACAGCUCCAAGACCCACUUCAUGUGGUUUCUGUCAGGGGCGUCAAACAAGGCAAGAGUUCAAAGACCGCUGUCCCGCGAAAUGGCCUCUGGGCAGCAGCACAAAGAACGUGCACACAGCUUCGGUCAGUUUGCCCCACGGUCCCUACUCGCAGCUUCCCCUCUGGUGUGCAUCUAGGACCACAGCAUACCACCAUCAACCCUCAGGGUUUGGGCAGAUUCUCUCUCUUCUUCUAGCAGUGGUCAGAGAACCAGGUGCACCAGAAUCACCUUGAAAGUUGCCUGUCAUCGAGCAGAGAUUCUCAAAUACCACCCCCAGAAACUGUAAAUUUAGUAGAUCUGGGGUGGGGCCUAGGAAAUCUGUAUUAAAAAAAAAAAAUCUUUCCCCAAGGACAAAUGGUAUGAUCAUUUCGAGUGUCUAUCAAAAUGGAAAAGGCAUGCACAGCUCUUUGGUCUCGGCCGCCGACAUGCCAUCCAGCAUAAGGAAGGCCCGGAAACUUAGGGGCCACGUGAGCCACAGCCACGGCCGCGGCCGCGGCCGCAUCGGCAAACACUGGAAGCACCCGGGAGGCCGCGGUAAUGCUGGUGGCGUGCAUCACCACAGGAUCAACUUCCACACAUAUCACCCAGGAUGCUUUGGGAAAGUUGGUAUCUGGCAUUACCACUUAAAGAGGAGCCAGAGCUUCUGCCCAACUGUCAACCUUGAUAAACUGUGGACCUUGGUCAGUGAGCAGACACGGGUAAAUGCCGCCAAGAACAAGACUGGAGCUGCUCCUAUCACUGAUGUGGUGCGAUCAGGCUACUACAAAGUUCUGGGGCGGGGAAAGCUCCCAAAGCAGGCUGUCAUCGUGAAGGCCAAAUUCUUCAGCAGAAGAGCUGAGGAGAAGAUUAAGGGUGUCAGUGGGGCUUGUGUCCUGGUAGCUUGAAGCCACAUGGUGGGAGAUUCAUUACAUGAUGACGAGUGAAAAAAAAAAAAAAAAGAAAAGGCACGCACAAAAAAGUGCACGCACCCUUUGAGACAGCAAGUCCACUGCUGGGAACAUCCGUGCCUGUGAAGUUUUAUCAAGAUACAAGGACAAGGACGUUCCCUGUGUUAUUUGGAAUAGCGAAGAACUGGGAACAACCAACAGAGCCAUCAACAAGAGAAUGAUUACAUGAUUUAAGCACAUCCAGCAGAAUGUUCCAUGGAAUGCUAGGCAACUAUAAGAGUAUCACUACAAGACAAUCUCUAAGGACACUAAAUUUUAAAAAACCUAAUCAAGGGGCAGCAGAGUGCUACAAUUUAAAACACAACUGCUAAUGUGUUUUAAAUAUGUAUGUACAUACACAUAU